CCGUCUCCAAGCCGGAAGGAAAAGUAGGCGUAACCAUUAGUAGAGACAACGUGAUUGACAGGCGUAUCACUCUGCCGAAUGAGAAGAAUUUCUUUCUGGUUGAUUGUAAUUGGCGGAACAUUUCACCAUACAUGUUCUACUAAUGAACUACUAAGCCGUAAAGUCGCUAUCAUGCUAACCAUAUUUAUCCUAUUUUAGCGAAACUAUGGCUAAUCUAAAAGUUGCCAGUUUGAACGAGUCCAAUACUGCUCUGUUUGGUAAAUAGGCAGCCAUCUUGGCGCUACAUUUCUACCCAUAAUGCCUUGCACAUUGUAAUAGAUGUGUAUUUUAUCACAUUUUGGACCUACAAGAGAUUAAAUUGAGACAGUUAUUAGUGAGCGACCGGUGGAGUGAGGACAUGCUGGGACACUCAUAAAUACAAGUGGGUUCUCCUUUAUAUACACCCACUGUUACCCACAGUGAUUGUUUAGACUCCCACAGAGCAUCCGAAGCCAAGGAUUCGCUCCAGCAUGGAUACAAAGGAAGUGCCACCUAGGAUGACAGUGUUGGGCUGAGGAGUUCACAGGGAUUGAAGCCGAAAAUUAUUUGCAUUGAUCAGGUUUUAACCGACACGACUGAUCCAACCAUGACACACAUGGCUUUGGAAGUGAAGGAGAGCCUGGAGGAGCGUUGUAACAGGAUCCUGAGAAACAUGGAGGCCUCGCUUACCACUCGGGACCGCGUUGGGAUCCAGGAUUUUGUUCUCUUGGAUAACUACACCAGUGAGACCGCCUUCCUAGACAACCUGAGGAAACGCUUCCAUGAGAAUCUGGUUUAUACCUACAUAGGCACUCUACUGGUGUCGGUCAACCCAUAUAAGGAGUUGGACAUCUACAGCAAGAAUCAGAUGGACACCUACAUGGGCGUCAACUUCUUUGAGCUUCCACCUCACAUCUACGCGCUAGCAGACAAUGUGUUUCGCACCAUGCUGUCCGAGUUCAACGACCACUUCAUCCUGAUCUCGGGCGAGAGCGGUGCAGGCAAGACCGAGGCCUCCAAGAAGAUUCUCCACUUUUAUGCAGUCAGCUGUCCAAGCACCAAAGUCCUGAAUAACGUCAGAGACAGGCUGCUUGUUUCCAACCCUGUGCUUGAGGCUUUUGGAAAUGCCAAAACCCUAAAGAAUGACAACUCCAGUCGCUUUGGGAAGUACAUGGACAUCCAGUUUGACCACCAGGGUGGGGCCGUCGGCGGACACAUCCUCAGCUACCUGCUGGAGAAGUCGCGUGUAGUUCAUCAGAACCACGGUGAGCGGAACUUCCACAUCUUCUACCAGCUGGUGGAGGGCGGAGAGGAAAAUCUGCUCCGCUGGCUGGGCCUGGAGAGGAACUGUCAGAAUUACAGCUACCUGGUUCAAGGUAAUUGUGCCAAAGUGAGCUCCAUUAACGAUAAAAGCGACUGGAAGACGGUGGGGCGAGCCCUUUCUGUCAUAGGCUUCAGCGAGAGUGACACUGAGCACCUGUUUGGAAUCAUUGCCAGCGUGCUCCACUUGGGUAACGUCAACUUCGAGGCAGAUGCUCGAGGUUAUGCCAGCCUCAACAACAACCUGGAAAUGCACUGGGUGUCAAAAUUACUUGGGAUCCCCACUCAGGUGCUACAACAGGGCUUAACCCACCGCAAGAUCGAAGCCAAAAAAGAGGAGGUGUUCAGCCCCCUCACAGUGGACCAUGCUGUUUACGCCAGGGACGCCCUUGCCAAAGCCAUCUAUGGACGCACUUUCAACUGGCUCGUUAACAAGAUCAAUGAAUCCUUGGCAAACAUGGAUUCCUCCAGAAAGACAGUGAUCGGUCUUUUAGACAUCUAUGGAUUUGAGGUUUUCAAUGUGAACAGCUUUGAGCAGUUUUGUAUCAACUACUGCAACGAGAAGCUGCAGCAACUUUUUAUCCAGCUGACCCUGAAGUCAGAGCAGGAGGAGUACGAGAUGGAAGGCAUCGAGUGGGAGCCAGUGCCAUAUUUUAAUAAUAAGAUCAUCUGUGACCUUGUGGAGGAGAAACACAGAGGGAUCAUCUCAUUAUUGGAUGAGGAAUGUUUACGUCCUGGAGAGGCCACUGAUCUCACACUGCUGGACAAAAUGGAGGAAAAGAUUGGCGGUCAUCCUCAUUUUGUCACACACAAACUGGCCGACCAAAAGACAAGGAAAACACUCGAGAGAGGAGACUUCCGCCUGCUGCACUAUGCUGGAGAGGUUACAUACUGUGUCGUAGGAUUUCUGGACAAGAACAAUGACCUUUUGUAUCGAAAUGGAAAAGAGGUUAUGCAACAGUCCAAAAAUGCUAUCAUCAAACAUUGUUUUCCUCCUACUGAGCCAGACCGAAAGAAGAGACCUGAAACUGUAGUGACCCAGUUCAAGAGCAGCCUGGUGGGCCUGACUGAGAUCCUCAUGACCAAAGAGCCUUGGUACAUCCGCUGCAUCAAACCCAAUGAAGCCAAACAGCCAGGAUGCUUUGAUGAUGUGCUGGUGCGACAUCAGGUGAAGUACCUGGGCCUGAUGGAGCACCUGAGGGUGCGGCGUGCGGGGUUUGCAUACCGCAGAAAAUAUGAGAUCUUUCUCCAGAGGUACAAGGCCCUAUGUCCGGACACCUGGCCCAACUGGAAAGGUACCGCUGCAGAAGGUGUGCGGUGCCUAAUCAAGCAUCUGGACUAUAAACCUGAUGAGUACAAGAUGGGCAGGACCAAGAUUUUCAUCCGCCACCCGAGGACUCUGUUUGCAACUGAAGACGCCUUUCAAGUAUGCAAAAAUCAGCUAGCAACAAGGAUUCAAGCCAAGUACAAAGGCUAUCGAGUAAAAGGCGACUACCAGAAGCAGAAAGAGGCUGCCACAAAGAUAGAGAACUGCUUUCGAGGCAUGAUGGCGAGAAAGGAGCGAGAAAAACGGGAAUGGGCCGCCAGGAUCAUCAAGAGAUUCAUUAAAGGUUUCAUGACCAGAAAUGAGCCAGCCAGCGUAGACAACAGAGAGUACCUGGCAUACGUCAGGCAAAACUACUUGACUCGGCUCAAGGAGAACCUCCCAAAGACUGUCCUGGAGAAGGACUCUUGGCCCACUCCUCCGCCUGUAUUGCGAGAGGCGUCCCAGCUCCUGAAGAAGCUCUACAUCCGCCACAUGAUCCGUAAUUACGUCCAUGGAAUGACCAAGGAGAGGAAAGCACAGCUUCAGUUAAAAGUUCAGACCAGCUCCAUGUUCAAAGACAAAAAGGAGAACUAUCCCAUCAGUGUGUGCAGACCCUUCCUGGACACCAGGAUAGGCGUUGAGGACAUAAGCAUGAAAGUGAUGCAAGUGAUCCGUCACGAGCAUGUCAAAUACGGCGUCAGCGUGGUCAAAUACGACAGGAACGGCUUUAGGCCUCGCCCGCGACAGCUCGUCCUCACUCAAGAAGCUGUCUACCUGGUGGAAGAGGCCAAGAUCAAGCAGAGGAUCCAUUACAGCUCGCUGAAAGGUGUUUCGGUCAGCAACCUGAGUGACAACUUCCUGAUUCUCCACGUUACAUGUGAUGACAUCAAGCAGAAGGGGGAUCUUGUUCUGCAGUGUGACUUCCUGUUUGAGGCCCUCACCAAGCUAUCUGUCCUCACUAGCAAGCAGAACCUCAUCCAGGUGGUCCAGGGCAGUGUGCGAUUCGACAUCCAGCCUGGCAGAGAAGGCUUUGUGGACUUCAGGAGUGGUCAUGCGUCGGUGGUCUACAGGGCUAAAAAUGGCCACCUGACAGUGGAAUCAACAAGAACCAAGUCCAGAUGAUUUGUCCACCACCCCCUUGGUUCUGCAUACUUUAGGAACAGCCAGUCUAAGCUGUUAUUGCCAAUAUUUCAGUCAUGGAACUAGCAACUAGUAGAUACAAUAGAUGUCAUUGUAGAAGGUUGUAGGAUGCAGGAAAUAUAUGUAUACUCACAUCUACCGUCAUUAAUGAAAGGGAAAGGGAAUAGGGAGCGUUAGGGUAAGUAACUAAGUACACUCACUUGUCUUUACUGUGUUUUUUGUGUAUUUGUAAUUUUUUAAAAUAGUUUUUAAAUAUUCAACUGUACUUUACUUACGUAUUGUAGUUGGCUACAUUUACCAGGAUGAUGAGGAUUGAUGUUCAUCCAUAAAUAUGUGUCGCUUCAUUAAAAAAAAAACA